AUCUUUCGCCCCUUAACAAGGUAUUCUUCAUGCUUCUCUGAAAUCAAGUUGCAACGGAUGCCUGUUUCAUCUCGCCGAGAGCGGCUCGGACAAAUGGCCCCCAAUCCAUUGCUGACUCCGCUCUGCAUCCUGACAACCACGCCAAACAUUCGUCUUCAGGCCUACAAAACAUUUUAUUUUUCCCCACACGACAGCAUUGGCCUGAUCCUCGAUUGUACAUACCUUCAGAUCCAACGCGAUGCAGUACUCCCAGGUCUCUGGCUCAGGCGAAGUCUACAGACAGCACGACACACCCAUCGAGGUUCACGAAACCAAGCCCACCAGAUUUUCGCGACUAUGGACGGCCAUUGUUCAAAUGGCGGUGCUUCUAAUCUUGGGCAUCGCAGGGUCACUGGUGCAUUUCUUCUACUACCGCUCUCUUGUCGGACACGUCGUCGAUGAUGGGUUCUCCAUCUCCCAAGAAUGGAACAUCCGGAUUGGCACUGGACUGGCGUUCGUUUCGAAGACGAGCUGGACUUUUGCAGUUGUCGUCGCGCACGCGCAGCUCGUAUGGAUGACCAUGUCUCGGAAGAAACUGCGCCUCGAGACGAUCGAUGGCAUCAUCAUGGCGCCGACCGACCUCACCAAGUUCUUCCAGUGGGGGAGCGUGCGGAAUGCCAAGGUUGGAACUCUGCUCGCUCUGGUAGCUUGGUGCAUCCCCAUAUCCGCAAUCGUAACGCCGUCCACCCUGAGCGUCGUCUCGGUUGUCACUACGGACGCUGUCAGCUCGACCGUACCGAUAUUGGAUUUAAACAAUGUCGACAAGUUCGCCGACAGCACACCGUGCCCCAAUGCCCUCCUCAGUUUUUGUCCCCGAGCGUUAAAUCCGGAGAAUCUCACCUCUGCCCUCAUUUUCCGCUACGCGAGUCCCCAAACGGAUAUCCAGACUGUCGCCACGGCUUCUUCAGGCCAGAUCCAGGCCAUGACCCCGCUCAAUGUCAACGAGAGUUACUCUCUCCAGAUGUAUGGCCCUGUCAUGCGGUGUGUCAACGGAUCUGAUAGGUUUGACGAGUUUCACGAAUUUGUUGAGAAUACCCAACCAUUCGGGAGAUACCUGUCUACCAAACUCUUCAGCUACUGGGCCUUCGUACCAUCGAAAUUUGCGAAUGGCACAAAAAUGGCACUGGACUGGACGAAGCUUCCAAGUGGUACUCUUGAUAAUGGAGUAAACUAUAAGGAAUAUAACGAUACAAUGAUACCUUCUGCCCCAGAGCUCUGGAUGACUACCUACUGGAGCAUGGAUAUAUGCUCCUUACAUAACGCGUCCUUUCAGGUUGACUUCGCGUUUGAGAAGGGUGUCCAGCGUACGAAAUCCAAAGUGGAGACUCUGGAGCCACUCAAAUGGAAAACCGCCGUGUCUGGCGCCGAUGCUGUUGGCAACCAGACGUUCACAUACCAAGCCAUCUAUAUGGCCCUCGUGAGGCAGCUCAUCGGCCUGGUUGUUGACAAUCCCAUCGACUCGAACGUGAUGCAGACAUCCGUCUCGGGAAGCAUCGAGUUUGAAGACUAUUUCUACGGAACUUUGUUUGAGCAGCCAUACCAGCAGAACAAGACUCUCCGGCAGACAGUCGAGGAACUGAGCGAAAAUGUGACGCUGUCUAUGCUAGCGUCAAAGGCUCAUGUGCAAGUCUCAUCAAUAUGCGAUCUGAUCCUUAACUGACAACUUCGAAGCAACCCCCGUGGCUACAACACCACACUCCGUAUAUCCAGUAUUCAAAACGUAUACUGGCUCAAUCAACGCAUACUACUCCUCUCCUACGGCAUCGCGCUAGGAGUCACGCUUGCGGCUGUCAUAGUCGGAAUUUUCGCAUACCAUGCGAAUGGCGGGUCGAGAAGUCUGGCUUACUCGGCGCUGGUGCAUGCGGUGCGGGGUGGUUUGGUAGGGCAAUCUGGGGAUGAGAAAGUGGAGAGAAUCACGAUGGUAGAGUUUCAGAAGUUGAGGAGUCAGGGGAUAGAGAUGCGGUGAUCAGAGGUUGUAAGGUUAGGGAUUACUUUAAGUGCUUGGGUGAAGAUGAUGAUGGAUGUUUAUAAGAGCCGUAGCGCGGCUCAGCUUAAGGGUCUUCAGUUCAUGUACUCGCAACCGAAACUUU